AUGCUACGAAACCUGCAAACGUCACAUGGGUUCAACAACAACAACGACACGAACGAUGAUGACUGUGGCGAAGGAGAUGGCGAAACUGCUGGCAACGGAAAAAACAUGCUGGCGCGGAAGCUAUCAACUAAGGGAGACACUCUUUACCUCGAGAGACGGGUGGGACUCUUCAGUGGGGUGGCUCUAAUUGUUGGCACGAUGAUCGGCUCUGGAAUAUUCGUUUCUCCUACUGGACUGCUGAUCAGAACCGGGUCAAUAGGCCUGAGUUUUGUCAUAUGGGCAGCAUGUGGUGCCAUGUCACUGUUGGGAGCUUUAGCGUACGCGGAACUGGGUACGAUGAACCCCAGUUCUGGCGCCGAAUACGCCUACCUCAUGGACGCCUUUGGACCAAUGCCUGCAUUUCUGUUUUCUUGGAUAUCCACAUUGAUACUCAAACCGUCACAGGUGGCUAUAAUAUGUUUGAGUUUCGCCAAAUAUGCUGUCGAGGCAUUUGUCGACGAAUGCGGUUCUUCAGAUGUUGUAGUGAAGAUCGUCGCGGUGCUGUCUAUUUUGAUCAUCACGUACAUAAACUGCUACAGCGUAAACUUGGCCACCGGAGUGCAAAACGCGUUUACGGCUGCGAAGCUGGUAGCUGUUUUCGUGGUGGUCGCCGGGGGUGUGUACAAGAUCAUCCAGGGACGUACUGAACACUUUCGGAAUUAUUUUGAAAACACGACCACAAGCAUGGGUGACGUGGCAACGGCGUUUUACUCGGGACUGUGGGCGUACGAUGGUUGGAACAAUCUCAAUUACGUCACCGAAGAAAUAAAAAACCCUUCAAAGAACAUUCCAAAAGCGAUAUACAUUAGCAUACCAUUGGUGACGAUGUGUUACUUGUUGGUGAACGUGGCGUACCUCACCAUUAUGUCACCUGACGAAAUAGUACGAAACGAAGCUGUUGCCGUGACUUUCGGAAUCAGAGCACUGGGCUCCAUUGCCUGGGUGAUACCGCUGUCAAUCACUAUAUCCACUUUCGGAUCGGCCAACGGCACAUUGUUCGCCGCUGGAAGACUAUGUUUCGCAGCCAGCCGUGAAGGACAUCUGAUGCACGUUCUGUCGUACAUUCACAUAAAAAAGCUCACGCCCAUGCCAAGCAUCAUAUUUCACUCGAUCAUAACGAUUGUGAUGGUGGCCUCUGGUACGAUCAACUCGCUAAUAGACUUCUUCAGUUUCACGGCGUGGAUAUUCUACGGAAGUGCCAUGUUAGCGUUGCUAGUGAUGCGCUACACAAGACCCGACGUGCCGAGACCGUAUAAAGUCCCCAUAAUCAUUCCGUUAAUCAUAUUUGUUAUUUCCCUUUAUUUGGUGGUAGCACCCAUAAUAGAUAAACCUCAGAUCGAAUAUCUGUAUUCGGUGAUGUUUAUGAUAGCCGGGAUGAUAUUUUACGUGCCGUUCGUACGCCUGGGAUACAAAUUCCGUAUAAUCGAUCGGUGGACGGUCAUUAUACAGUUGCUGUUGCAGGUAGCGCCCACUAAAUUAGUGCUGCCAGAAUAA